AUGGAUCCCUACUCGGCCGAAGGCGAGCUGAUCAACAUCCACAACCACUUCCACCAGGGCCAAUACCAGGAGGUCAUCGAUUAUGACACUUCUUCGCUCUCCUCCGAGAACGCCCUCCCCGCCCGCGUCCUAGUCCUCCGGUCCCGCAUCGCUCUCGGCCAGUCUGCAGAGGUCCUGGCUGAGCUCAAGGGCGAGAAGAAGCCCGAGCUGGCGGCCCUCGGUGCCUACGCCCAAUUCGAGACGGGCAAGACGGAGGAGGCGGUUGCGACGAUCCAGAAGCUCGUCGAGACCGAGGGAGAGAAUGCGACUGUGCAGAUUAUCGGAGGCACCGUCCUGCAAGCGGCUGGCCUGCCAGAGGAGGCCCUGACGCUGCUGUCGCAACACCAAGGAAGCCUCGAUGCCGUCGCCCUCAUUGUACAGAUCCAUCUGCAACAGAACCGAAACGACCUGGCCCUGAAGGAGGUCGCUGCGGCCAGGAGGUGGGCUCAGGACAGCUUGCUUGUCAACCUGGCCGAGUCUUGGGUUGGCCUGCGCCAGGGCGGCGAGAAGUAUCAGCAGGCGUUCUACGUUUUCGAGGAGCUCGCUCAAGCACCAGCAACAUCGUCCACCAUCUCGCUCGUGUCGCAAGCUGUGGCUGAGUUGCACCUUGGACGCACCGAGGAGGCGCAGGCGGCGCUUGACCAGGCUCUGGAGAAGGACGGCAACAAUGCCGAGGCCAUCGCUAACCUGCUGGUUCUCACUGUCAUCGCAGGCCAGGACCCGACGGAGCUCACAACCAAGCUCCAAGCGGCAGACGCAAAACAUCCUUUCCUCGCGGACCUCGAGGAGAAGAGUGCCCUGUUCGACAAGGCGGCUACCAAGUACAGCGCCAAGGUAUCAGCAUAG